AUGUGGACACCAAUAAAACCUGUUACAACACAAUUUGCAGUGGGCAAAACUAAAUCAGCUCAAGUUGUCAGGAAACAAUUUCCAUUACGGCCAGCAUCAGCCAAAACUGUACAUAGAUCACAAGGUGAUACUCAGGCUCAAAUUGUUGUAAACUUAAAUACUAACAGGACUAUUCCUCAUAUACAUUAUGUUGCUUUAAGUCGAGUUACGACAAUUGAAGAGUUAUAUAUCACUGAUCUAUGUGAAAAUAAAAUAUCUGUUGAUCAAAGAGUUGUCAAAGAAAUUGAAAUGUUACGAAUUGAACGUAGCUUAAAACUUUGUUUUGCACCAUUGUAUAUGUUGGAUCAUUCUGAUUUAAAAGUCUGUUACCUCAAUGCACGAUCUCUGCAUAAACACAUUGAAGACGUUCGGAAAGACAUCAAUUACUCCUCAACUGACAUUGUAAUAUUUACUGAGACAAGGUUUAGCCCAUUGGACCCUGAUGAAAUGUACAAUAUAAAUGGUUACAGACUAUUUAGAAACGAUAUUUCUCAAUUUUCUGCUCCUGGAAGACCAUAUGGUGGAACAGCUGUUUAUAGCCAAAUCCCUUUAAAAGAAGGUUAUCCAUAUGCUCACAACACUAAUGGAAUUGAGUUUACAAUUAUCAAAACCGAAAGUCAUCCAAACCUGACUAUAAUCGGGUUGUAUCGUUCUCCCAGUAUUGCUUCAUCACGCCUACUUUCUGCUCUUCGAACUAUUCUUCAUAAAGAUUCCUCUUCACAAAACAUAUUCAUUGGAGACUUUAAUAUUAACUGGAUGGCGGAAACUGACCGGCAUCGCUUUACAACCUAA